GGUCCCUCUAGCCUGGUGGAAGAACUGAAGGGAGGAGAAGAAGAACGACAAGCAGCGACAAUGUAGAUGCUGCCACUGAGCAAACAAAUCGCUCUCUCUCCGUAUUAUGUCGGUUCAUGAAUCAGAACCUUAAUUCUGCGGUAGGAGGUUGCUUAUUAGUUUCUGUAAAUGAGCGAGAGAGCGCAAAUAGCCGCUAAAACUUGACGGGCGAUGCGAGUUCGCUAAUCACUCGCUAGCGUUAGCUUGUUUUUAGCUAGUUUGUUGUCAGCGCUUGGGAGAAUUUCAUUUAACAAACAUGAGCGACGACGACAGUUCAGCGCCAUCCAACAAAGACUCGGCUAUCUUGCUAACCAAAGACGGCCAGCGCUACAUUGUAGGUGAUAGCCGCUCGGUCGACAGCAGAGACGUGAUCACGUUGAUCCCAAUGGACGCCGACAUGGACGACCCGGACGAGGAGAGCGACUUGUUGGACACCUCGGACCCCAGAGACAGCGCCGCCAGCCCGGAGGAGCUCAUCGACGAGGAAACCCUGGAGGGCGACAACGCCCCCAAACAGUGUACCUACGAGGGCUGCACGGAGACCACCACGCAGGUGGCCAAGCAAAGGAAACCAUGGAUGUGCAAGAAGCACCGCAACAAGAUGUAUAAGGACAAGUACAAGAAGAAGAAAAGUGACCAGGCCAUGUCCAGCAGCAAACUAGACGACAACUCAGAAGAAAGGCCCGUGUCUGUCAACAAGCAGCGUUUGGGGGCCAUGGGGGACCGGCCGGCCAGACCCUCCCUCAUCGAGCAGGUCCUAAACCAAAAGAGAUUGUCGCUUCUCAGGAGUCCUGAGGUGAUCAGCUUCCUGCAGCAGCAACAGCAGUUCCUGGCAGCACAGAGCCGCACCUUUGCGCAGCAGCAGAACUUCCCGGGCUGCUGACAGGGCGACAGCCCAGCAGGAACGUGUGGAAGCUUGUUUGACAACAGCCCGCUCAUGUUAAUGUCAUUAUUGAUGUAGGAGUGAUGUAAAAAUGUGUCAAUUUACGUUUCAGUUGCUGUGCUGUGCUUGAUACUGUGAGGAGCAUUUCUUUUUAAUGAAGGUUUCUACUGAUGUUUAAAUUGCACUAACACCCCCUCCCAACAAACUCCCUUUCUGUGAGUGACAUUAAAUUAUUGCAGUUUAAUA